UUUUCGUCGCUUCGGCUUGCCAUUACCAUCACUAGUAAUGGCGCUCCAUCUUUAGCUCUCUCUCCGAGGCUUCUUCUUCUUCGAUUUCUCACCGCUCUGUCUCAAGAUGGCUCAAUGGAGGGGAAAUUUUUCAUGCAGAAACCUGACGAAAAGUCAACUUGGCGGUGUAGUAUUUGGCUGCACGAAGAAUACCAUCAAAGAAUGUAUGUCGAAACAGCUGUUUGGUCUACCCUAUAACCACAUUUCAUAUGUGCAGAAGAUUGAUGUAGGUUUGCCGUUGUUUCUUUUCAACUAUUCUGAUCGUAAACUUCAUGGAAUUUUUGAUGCUGCUGGUCCUGGUCAGCUUAAUAUCGACCCUUAUGGCUGGACCUCUAAGGGCUCUGAGAAAACCUCAUAUCCUGCACAGGUUCAAAUCAGUGUUCGGCUACAGUGUGAACCCCUUUCUGAAGAAAAAUUCAAACCUGCAAUUGAAGAUAAUUACUACACUUCUCACCAUUUUUGGUUCGAGCUUGAUCAUUUACAGACAAACAAGUUGAUGUGUCUGCUAACAUCUUUUGCUGUGAAACUUAACCCACCUUUGAGUUCAUCAUGCGAUAGACAGCUUUUUCACUUUGCUCAGUCAAGUGAAAUUAAAGAGAAUAGUGAUGAGGUUAAGCCUUCGAAGAAUGAAACGGUGGAUAUCUUGGAGGUGUCACUCGGUUCUGGCAGUGAAUCUGACUCCUCAGCUGCUGUUUUUCAUCCUGAUAUCUCUGAAAAUCAUCCAGACGUAAACUCCAAACAAAAGGAUAAGGAUUGUAUUCUUGAGAAACUGAAGGAUCUCGCACUUAGUAAUGAGCAUCGAGAUAAUAGUCUAAUGGAAACUAUUGACCAAGCCGACAUUCCCACCUGUAAGAACUUGGACGACAGAGACCAAGAGGCAACAUGUUCAGAGGGGAAAGGGGAUGACAUUUCUCUCGUAUCAUCUCCUCGUCAACCGACAAUAAGCCAGUUGAUGCAGGAGGUGAAGGAACUCAGGGCAUACGGGAUGGAAAAUUCAACCAAGAUAUGUUACUUGGAAGAGAAAUUGGAUGAAGCACACAAGGAAAUUCAGAGAUUGAGAGAGCGUUGCAAAAUGCUGGAGUCCUUAUCAGGUCCUGCAAUCGUCAAAGCUGGUGGUAGUGAUAUGGAGAUCCAUUCACCAGAUGAUCCAAGCUUAGAUUCAACUGAGGGAAUUCUUCUUUUGGGCGGAUUUGAUGGUUACUCUGAAUCAGCAUUGUCAUCAGUGCAAUCAUAUUUUCCAUCCAGGAAUGUUGUAAAGGCUCAUAGUUCAAUGAGUUGUAUCCGUUCAAAUGCUUCAGUGGCAAAAUUGGAUGAUAAAAUCUACAUCUUUGGAGGUGAUGACGGUGGCUGUGGCUGGUCCAACACAGUUGAAUCAUAUAACGGGACAGAUAGCCGGUGGAGCUUGUGCCCUCCCUUGAACGAGCCAAAAGGAAGUUUGGGGGGAGCCACUUUGGAUGGAAAAAUAUUUGCAAUCGGCGGCGGGAAUAGUAAGGCAUAUUUUUCAGAUGUUGAGAUGCUUGAUCCAGAUAUAGGGAGAUGGAUUAGAACAAGGUCAAUGGAUCAGAAGAGAUUUGCAGUUGCAUCCUCGGAGCUUAACGGUUCAAUCUAUGCUGUCGGUGGUUUUGAUGAGAAAGAGUACCUGAACACAGCUGAAAGGUUUGAUCCUAGAGAGCACUCGUGGAUGAAAAUUGCAUCGAUGAAGUCAAGACGAGGCUGCCACUCUCUUGUUGUUUUGAACGAGAAGCUAUAUGCUAUUGGUGGGUUUGAUGGAUCGACAAUGGUAUCGAGUGUUGAGAUAUAUGAUCCACGGACAGGGACAUGGAUAGCCGGAGAACCAAUGAAGGAAUCAAGAGGAUAUUCAGCAGCUGCAGUGGUGAAAGACUCCAUAUAUGUCAUCGGUGGAUACAUGGGGGAAGGAGUAGACAUCUUAGACACUGUUGAGUGUUUCAAGGAAGGUGAAGGGUGGAGAAACGUGCCUUGUUCAUCCAUCGGUAGGCGUGGUUUUCUAUCGGCAGUGCCUUUGUAAGUGAAACACAUCUAUAUUUUUUGGGUAAGUCAUUACUCAUGGAGAGACACAAAGUCAUUUAUAUGGCCUUUGGCAUUAUAUUUUUGGGCAAAAGUCUAUUUUGUGAAUUAGAAUUUAGAAGCCCACUCAGUGGCAAAAUCGAUUUGCUAUAUAUAAAUUAAAAAAAAAA